AUUUGUUAGUUAUGGUAUCCAAGGGUUGCUUGAAACAACUUUCCUUUUCACUCUCAUUAGCUGAAACAACUGGAUUUUGUUCUCUCAACUCUGGAGGACCAGAUGUUUACAAAUGCAAACGAUGGAAAAAGGUUGAGAAACAACUUGUGCCAAAGGCAAUUUAUAUCUCUUGGAGGAAGCGAAUUAUUCCGAAAACCAAUUAUUAUGUCGAUGCCAAUCCGAAAAGAAAAUUAUCUGUCGCUUUUUCUCGCAAGGGAAGUGAUAAUUAUAUGGUGAAUGCGGCAGCUUCUAAUGAAGAGCUUUUUGAAUCUCAAGUUUUGCAUUCAAACAGCUCAUUCAAAACCCUUCACGGGCAUUUCAAUGUCUUCUAUCGAUUUUCACGACUCCAUAUAUUCUUUGGAAAAGUAUGGGGAUUAGUAGCAAUUUCUCUUCUGGUAGUGGAGAAGAUCUCAGAUUUCACUCCAUCAUUUUUUAUUGGGCUAUUUCAGGUGCUAACUGCUUGCUUUCUCACGCAUGUAUACACAAAUGGACUGAAUCACUUGGAAGACAUUGAAAUCGACAGGAUUAAUAAGCCUUACCGUCCACUCGCAUCUGGGGAAUAUUCAUUCACGACUGGCGUAAUACUUACUCUUUCUUCUGCACUAAUGGCUGUUGGAGUUGGAUGGAUUGUUGGCUCUCCACACUUGUUUCUGUUUAUUCUAAUGAAUUUAAUGGCCGCCACUGCAUAUUCGCUCAAUGUGCCCUAUUUGAGAUGGAAGAGCAAUGCGUAUCUUGCUGCAUUUUGUAUCUUCAUUGGGCUGGCCCCUUCAGGAUUAGCAGCUUAUUUGCACAUCCAGACUUUUGUGUUUGGCCGGCCAGCUCUUUUAUCAAAGCCUAUAAUGUCUGCAUUGACGAAGGCUUGCUUCGCUGCAGUUGUAGUAGCACUUUUUAAGGAUAUUCCUGAUGUUGCCGGAGACAAGAUACAUGGCGUUCAAUCUCUUGCAGUUAAAUUUGGCGGAAAAAAGGUGUUUUGGAUUUGCAUUUUCCUUUUGCAAAUUGGAUAUCUUGCUGGUGUUUCUGCCGGAUUGACAUCUUCCAAUAAUUGGUGCAAAUUCAUAACAGUUGCUGGUCACCUUUUUCUGUCUUUGACACUGUGGAGUCGCGCCAAAUGUGUCGAUGUGGGAAGCAAGGAAGAAACAUCAUCCUUUUACAUGUUUCUGUUGAAGCUCUUUAGUGUUGAGUCCUUACUCAUACCUUUUAUGAGGUAAUUAGGAUACAGACUUCGUCGGGGGAAGUACCGGUGAUUCUACAAUAUUCCACGACAUGAGAUUACUGUUAAUUUUGUUUGCAAAUUUCCAUUUCUUUCAUAAUCAAGAAAUCCUAGGUUUGUACUGUAUAAACAAUUCACGAGUGUUGGCACUACUAAACUCCACAUUUUUAUUCCUAUAAUCAUACGGCAAAAUAUAUGUAUGUGGGUGUGGGUGUGGGCGUGGGUGUGUGUGUGUGCGCGCACGCGAGGAUGAUUAUGGUUUCUUUUUCAUUUUUUGUUUUUGUUAAUAUAUUAGAUAUUAUUAGUAACGUACAUGCUACAGACUGAAUAAUUCAAAUGCGUAGCUUAGAGCGGAUUAGGUCAUAAUCCCUUUUACCCUAUUAAAGUAGAAUACAGGAUGUUAAUGUGGCAACUUCUUAUUAAAACUUUUUGGCUCCAAAUGCACCAUAU